UGACUUUGGGCCGGGAAUGCGUGUGCAUCUGCGACCUGUGAUUAGCGCCGAAGACCCCCAUUAAGAAAUUCAAAUCAAAAGUCGAGAUUUGAGAUUUAAGAUUCGAGAUUCGAGAUAAUCAAGAACGCGAAGAAAACUGAAACUGGAAAAGCGACGACGACUGCGGGUACGGGCCAACUUGGAGCGCUUAGCCGGGCUUAGACGUGUUUCGAGCGCGGCGGCGUCAGGUGAAUCCGAGAUUCAAUCCUAAUUCGAAUUCGAAUCCGAGUGCCCGGUGCGUGUUCAAUACGCUUUUGAAUACAGCGACUUGUUUGCUGGCUAAUUUUUUUUUUUCGAGUGGCGGGCUACGCAUACAAAUUAGACCAGCACAUAGUGUCCAUGUGUAAUUAAGCGACCCGAUUCACUGUAAGCCGCUCCAGCCGAAGUGUGGUCGAGUGCAUCGGUCCGGCUUUCCGCCUCCAGAUACACGCGGCGGUGGUCAACGGCCAGUGGCCACUUGGCAGUGCUCCGCCACUCAAAUCAGUUGGCUUUCGGGCGUUAUCGCGCGCAGAUUUGCUUGGAUUUAAACCAAAGUACCGGAUAGUGGUUAUUUAAUCUACACUCGCGCUUAUUAGCCAACUGCGUUGACAAUUAGCCGGCCCAGAUGCUGGAAUGAAAGUGAAACUGGAGACGGAAAACCGAAAACCAAAUCCAGUCGAAGUCGGUUACAUGAUAAACGCCAUGUGAAUAUGUUGUCAUACAGAAACGUGAUCCCCUGUGCUAAUCAAUUCAAUUCGCAUUGAAUCAUCGAGUGUGUUGGCCAACAGCCAUAUUUGCAUGGUUGAACUUGAAACUGAUUACUGAUUAUGGAGUGCUGGUGCAUUUGGGUGUUUUUUCAUUGAUAUAUUGUUGUUUCAGCUUUUAAAGACUUCAAAUCCUUUUGUGCUAUUUAAAAGUGUCCCCAAUAGCGAAUUUAUAACCAAACAAAAAAACACUACGAUAAUGUUUGACAACGCGAUUAAACCUCAUCCGGAGGCCAAUGGAGCUCCAAUAAAUGCAGCAGGAGAUCGGCCGAUAACUACUGUCAUUAAUAUUGAACCAGAACCAGAAACCGAAAGUCCAAUUGGGAUCUUCACAUCACAACCGGAAAGUCAACAACAACAACCCGAGCAGCUCCAAUCCGAAUCCGAGUCCGACAGAAUGGCCAAUUUUGACGAUACGUUGCAACGCGCCCGCCUUGCCUUUUCCAGUGGAAAGACCAGGAAUGUCAGCUUUCGACGCAAGCAGCUGGAGAAUUUGCUGCGUUGCUAUGAGGAGCACGAGAACGAGAUCAUCAGCGCCUUGGAGGCGGAUCUGCGACGUCCCAAGCAGGAGAGCCUCAUCGUGGAAACGGAAUUCAUGAAGAACGACAUCAGGCACAUCCUAUUCCAGCUCGACGAGUGGGUGCAGUCGGAGAAGCCGCCCAAGUCGUUUGUGAACAUGAUGGACGACGUCCAGAUCUACAAUGACCCCUUCGGAGUGGUUCUGGUGAUCGGCGCCUGGAACUACCCGCUGCAGCUGCUGCUCGUGCCAGUGGCUUCCGCCAUCGCCGCCGGAAACUGUGUGGUGAUCAAGCCCAGCGAGAUUGCCGCCAACUGCGCCAAGUUCAUUGCCGAUGUCAUUCCAAAAUAUUUGGAUAAUGAUUGCUAUCCAGUUGUCUGCGGUGGACCCAGCGAAACGGCGGAGCUGCUCAACCAGCGUUUCGACUACAUCUUCUACACGGGCUCCACGCGCGUAGGCAAGAUUAUCCACGCCGCGGCCAACAAGUACUUGACCCCCACCACCUUGGAGCUGGGUGGCAAAAGCCCCUGCUACAUUGACAAAUCUGUGGACAUGCGCACUGCGGUCAAGCGCAUCCUGUGGGGCAAGCUGAUUAACUGCGGACAGACCUGCAUCGCUCCGGACUACAUCCUCUGCUCCAAGGAGGUGCAGGAGAAGUUCAUCGUGGAGGCCAAGGACGUGCUGAAGGAAUGGUACGGCGAGAAUAUCCAGAGCAGUCCGGAUCUAAGCCGUGUGAUCAACGCCAACAACUUCCAGCGCCUUCUUGGCCUAAUGAAGUCCGGCCGCGUGGCCGUCGGAGGUAACUACGAUGCCAGCGAGCGUUUCAUCGAACCCACCAUCUUGGUGGACGUGAAGGAGACCGAUCCCAUCAUGGAGGAGGAGAUCUUCGGCCCCAUCUUGCCCAUCUUCAAUGUGGAGAGUGCCUACGAUGCCAUCAAGUUCAUCAAUGCCAGAGAAAAGCCGCUUGUAAUUUACGUGUUCUCCAACUCGAAUAAGCUAGUUAAGGAGUUCAGGCGGAGCACCACCAGCGGCGGAUUCUCCAGCAACGAAACCAUAAUGCACUGUGGAGUUGAUGUGCUGCCCUUCGGAGGCGUCGGCAUGAGCGGCAUGGGCAGAUAUCAUGGAAAGUACGGCUUCGAGACCUUCACGCACAAGAAAUCUUGCCUGGGCAAGGACUUAUCCCCGUUGGGCGAGAAGUUGUCAUCAGCUCGGUACCCACCCUACUCGGACCGCAAGGGAUCGCUGCUCUCGUUCCUGCUGCGCAAGCGCCGUCCGCUGCCCAACCUGCAUCUGAGCCACGUGCUGGCCAUCGGACUGGGAGUCGGAUUGACGGUGCUGACCAACUACUACCUACAGGGCAAGCUGUUGUCGAAGUAGAAACUACAUAUGAUGCGAGCCGGAGCUGGGUGAGCCUGCGCCAGAGGAUUCCCAAUCAACCAACCACUUAAUAUUAAAAGCUCAACUGAUUAAUGGGCCGAGAACUUUUUUCUUUUUAUACGCAUAUCGGUGGGUGAUGUGAAGCUUUGGAUACUUCGAUAUACAUAUAGUUAUUGUUAUUUAGUUGCUAUUUAAUACAAAUGUGAAUGCUGUAAUGUAAUGUACGACAAAUAAACAGUCAAAAAUG